AGCUGGCAGUACCGUUCUCUGGACCACGACAUUGGAUUUGGUGUGUUUUUCUCCGAAGUGGAGAAGAAAAGUUCCAAAGACUUACAAGAAAUGGUGCGUGUUGUUGUGUUCAAGAUCCUGGCUUAGCUAGGAAACGUUUUAUCAACAAUUUUCUCUUCUUCAUUCAAGUAGGAAAAGGGUAACCGGGUUUCGAGGCUUUUGACUUUAUUCAAUAACUUUUAUCAGGACCCGAUGACUAAUCAUCAUCAUCAUCAUCAUCACCAUCUACAUCGUCAUCAUCAUCAUCAACAUCAUCAUCAUCAUCAUUAUCACCGUCAUACUUUAUAUUAAAAGAAGGUUGGGAAAGGAAGGUAGCCAAAGAGCAGAUCAUGAAUUUACUACAGACAUGAGGAGACAUUAUCACUUACAACGAAAAUAUAAACAUGCAGGAAUAAAGUUUAAAUACUGCAAACAAGUAACUUAACUAACAGUGCACUCGUCUAACGCCCCAAGAUUAGUCCCUAGCUCUUUGGCUCGUCAAUUUAUUUUGCCAGGAGCCUAAUUCGGCUCCUGAUAUUCCAAUGAAACGCGCUAUUAAGCAAUGAAUCGGUUUUGCAGAUUCCUACGGAAAGACGAAAUUGUCAUAUGAUUCCUGAAGAAGGAUCUAUUCUCUGUGAGAAACCAGGCAUUUGUAAGUUCAUUAUGUGUCUUUUAAGAAUUAGUUAGGGUAAAUGUCUUGCGUUAUUUAUCAUCUAGUCAUGNGACUUUAUUCAAUAACUUUUAUCAGGACCCGAUGACUAAUCAUCAUCAUCAUCAUCAUCACCAUCUACAUCGUCAUCAUCAUCAUCAACAUCAUCAUCAUCAUCAUUAUCACCGUCAUACUUUAUAUUAAAAGAAGGUUGGGAAAGGAAGGUAGCCAAAGAGCAGAUCAUGAAUUUACUACAAACAUGAGGAGACAUUAUCACUUACAACGAAAAUAUAAACAUGCAGGAAUAAAGUUUAAAUACUGCAAACAAGUAACUGAACUAACAGUGCACUCGUCUAACGCCCCAAGAUUAGUCCCUAGCUCUUUGGCUCGUCAAUGUAUUUUGCCAGGAGCCUAAUUCGGCUCCUGAUAUUCCAAUGAAACGCGCUAUUAAGCAAUGAAUCGGUUUUGCAGAUUCCUACGGAAAGACGAAAUUGUCAUAUGAUUCCUGAAGAAGGAUCUAUUCUCUGUGAGAAACCAGGCAUUUGUAAGUUCAUUAUGUGUCUUUUAAUAAUUAGUUAGGGUAAAUGUCUUGCGUUAUUUAUCAUCUAGUCAUGCGAACAUUAUCCAGAGUCGGAGGGUCGUUGGUUAUUCUGAACAAAACUAGACGCCUACACUAGCCAUACAUUGGGCUAUGCGAUGCAGUGGUCGAUCAUUUGGAACGUGUAAUGAUAAUCACACUUUUUCCAUGCAGUGUAUAGUUAUAGUUGUAUUGUCAUUUUGUAAUUGUGUGAUUGUUUAGGUUAGCGCAGUCCUGAACAGGACUGCAAAUUGCAGUGACCUACUACUCCAUGCAAUGAAUUUUCCUUUCGUUCCAAGUUUAGAUAUUUUAUCUUAAAUGACCCACUCCCUCCCCUUAAACGUCAAAUGAUUUGCCCCAUAGAAAGGGGGACGGGAUACACAACGGCUUUUGGGUCAUCAAUCCGCCAUUUUGUCUUUUUUUGGCUGGAGACGACGAUCGCAACGUAAAAAGUAAUUGAGUUUUGCCACAGGAACCCUAAUAGUUAAAGUUCUGUUGGUACCCCUGGACUCUUAAGGAUGCCGGGAAGAAAAGGUUUGGUCAUGUGACUUAAAAUGUGUAAUUAAUGUUUUUAAGUGCAGGAAAACCUAGCGUGAAUCACGUGGUAUAUUAGGCUUACCCUAAAAUGGUACUGACUCAAUCCCAUUUCUAUCUUUCUAGAUAUUCUUCGAUUUGAUAACUCGUACAGUUGGACAAGAAAUAAAAAGAUUCUCUACAAUGUAGAAAUUACAACAGAAGCGCAGGACUCGUUGAAGUUUUGA